CCGCCCAUCACAAAUAGUAAAAGCUUGACUAGAUUUGACAAAGUGAUUGAUCUCAGACACCUCCUGGCUUGCUGACAGUUUAAAGAAAUGUGGAAAUCAUUAGUAGGCCAUGAUGUGAAAGAAAAGGAGACCACAGGGGAUGGAGAUGAUUGGGAGACGGACCCUGAUUUUGAGAAUGACAUUACAGAGCAGGAGCAGAGAUGGGGAGCAAAGACCAUCGAAGGUUCAGGGCGUAAAGAGCACAUAAGUGUUGCAGACCUCAGACAGAAAGUGGUGGUGGAGCAUGAACGGGUGAAGCAGAAAGAACACAUUCCCAAAGCCUCCUACGGUUAUGGAGGCAAAUUUGGGGUGGAAAAAGAUCGAAUGGACAAGGUCGCUCUGGGACACGACUAUGUGGCAGAUGUGCAGCAGCAUUCCUCACAGAAGGACGCAUCACAAGGAUUUGGUGGGAAAUUUGGAGUUCAGAGAGACCGUGUUGAUGAGUCAGCUUUGGGUUUUGAAUAUAAAGGAGAAGUGCAACAACAUGCAUCCCAGAAAGAUUACGCUAAGGGUUUCGGGGGGAAAUAUGGAGUAGAAAAAGACAAAGUGGAUAAAGCUGCUCUGGGAUAUGACUAUAAAGGCGAGACAGAGAAGCAUCAGUCACAGAAAGAUUAUGCUAAAGGCUUUGGAGGGAAAUUUGGUGUGGAGAAGGAUAAAGUGGAUAAGGCUGCCCUUGGAUAUGACUACAAAGGAGAUACAGAGAAGCAUCAAUCACAAAAAGAUUAUUCAAAGGGGUUUGGCGGAAGAUUUGGAAUCGAGAAGGAAAAAGUAGACAAAUCUGCCUUGGGGUUUGAUUAUAAGGCUGAAACCGAAAAGCAUCAAUCACAAAAAGAUUAUUCAGCGGGAUUUGGAGGUCGAUAUGGAGUACAAGCAGACCGCAUGGAUAAAAGCGCAACUGGCUACACAGAUAUUGACUCUCCUACUUCUGCUUAUGAGAAGACAGUGCCUGUGGAAACAUCGAGUGUUGGUGCGGGUAAACUUAAGGCACGUUUUGAGAGCAUGGCCAAAGCAUCCGAUGAAGAAAACAGAAAGAAAGCUGAGGAAGAACGAGCAAGGAGGCAAGCGCGAGAAGCCAGAGAGAGGGAGGAGGCCCAACAGCGUCUGCAGGAAAUAAGCAUAGAGGAGAAAUCUCUUCCUCCACAAGCUUCAGCUGUGUAUGCCAAAGAAGACGACGACGACCACCACACCCACGACAUAGAGAUACAGGAAGAGCCAGAGGAGGAGGUGCUUUAUGAAGAGCCUCCAGCGCUUCCUCCACAUGGAGAGGAUUUCCUAGAUGAAAAUGCUCCUUCACUUCCCCCGAGGUCAGCAUUGGAUGAAGCAGAGGACGAAGGGGAGUACGAGGAUCUAUCCGAGCCACCACCACCUUCAUCUCAACUCACAGCAGAGGAUGAAAAUGAUUAUGAAGACCUGACACAUGGCCUGAAAGCAAAAGCCAUUUAUGAUUAUCAAGGAGAGGCUGAUGACGAGAUUUCUUUCAACCCGGAGGACAUUAUCACAAAUGUGGAGAUGAUCGAUGAGGGCUGGUGGAAAGGACACUGCCAUGGGCGCAUCGGUCUGUUCCCAGCUGCUUAUGUGGAAUUAAUCCAGUGAUGAUCAACUUGUAAUUUUGUACUGAAUAUUUUUGAAUAAAUAUUCAACUGCUUUAUCAUCAAGUGGUAUAAUUAA